AUGGAGUACAGUUUGAGAAAACAUAUUCAGGCGGUGAGCGUAUUCCAGUGGGUGCUGACAUUCCUACUAAUGGGAAUCUCUUUCACCAUUAUUCUCCUGUAUUUGAUGUUCACUUCAUACUGGCUGAUAUCUGUGACCUACUUCACCUGGUUAAUAGUCGACUGGAGCACUCCUGAACGAGGUGGUCGCAGAUUUCAGUGCGUGAGAAGAUGGACAGUUUGGCAGUAUUUCCGUGAUUACUUCCCUAUAAAGCUAGUGCAAUCCACUCCUCUCAGCCCAGACAGAAAUUAUGUCCUUGGUUGUCAUCCCCAUGGGAUUUUAUCAGCUGCUAACUUCUGUAAUUUCUCUACUGAGGCUAAUGACAUCUCACUCCGUAAUCCAGGGGUCAAGCCCUGGUUGGGUAUUCUAGCUGGACUAUUCAGGCUACCAGUUUACCGUGAAUAUAUUAUGUCUGCAGGUAUGGCUCCUGUAAGUAAGGACAGUCUCCAGUAUCUACUCUCACGUUGUGGUACAGGAAAUGCAGUGUUUAUAGUUGUGGGUGGAGCAGCAGAGUCCUUGCAGAGUGCUCCUGGUGAGCACAUAUUAACGCUGAGCGGGAGAAGAGGCUUUGUCAAGUUGGCGCUAGAGCAUGGGGCAGACUUGGUUCCAGUUUAUGCCUUUGGAGAAAAUGACAUAUUUGAUCAGGUUCGUUUGCCCCCAGACUCCUGGGGCUGGAAACUGCAACUGCUAUUUCAGAAGCACGUGGGAUUUGCUCCCUGCCUAUUCAAAGGAAGAGGGGUGUUCAGUGAUAGCUGGGGCAUUAACCCUUUUUCCAAGCCCCUCACUAGUGUGGUGGGACGACCUAUCCGUGUACCUCAUUGUCCUGUCCCCUCGGAAGAAGAAGUUUCUCACUAUCACUCUCUCUAUAUCCAGGGGUUAAAACAACUAUUUGAGGAGUAUAAAGUCUCCUGUGGACUCUCAGAAAAUGCCACUCUUCAAAUUAUCUAA